CACACAUGGGCACAGCACCGAGCGGCACCCACACAGGAUGCUCCGGGGGACCGGACUAUAAAUGGAGCACGCAAUGAGUGAGACCGACCAAAAGUAGCAGCAAUUCUGCAACAUGAAGGCGUUCUGCUUCACUUUAACGAUUCUCUGCGCCGUCCAGAGUAUUCUGGCGUACCCGCGGCCAGACUUCGCCAUCAAUGGAGCAGUGUCGGGCUCAGGUCAGGUCAAGACCGCGUCACUUGAUUUAGGCACGGAGGUCGCCAAAACCGGACAACGUUCAGUUGAUUUAGCCUCGGGAUACACGCUGCUGACGACAAUCAGCGCGAACCUGGAGGCGAUCGGUGAUGCGAUCGCUGCGCCCGGCGUUGACCUCGCCACCGCACUUAACAGCCUCGCCGGCGACAUGGUCGGCCCGGUUGCGAUUGCGUUCGACGGAGUGAUUGCCAAGGUGGAUGCGUUCACCGCCGUGCUGAGCGGUACGUUCGACGGUAAGCUGGCAGCCAUCGAAACCGACACUGGCGUCUACAUCGGCAAGCAGUUCGCCGAUGCGUUCAGGGCGACCGGAACCACGCUAAACCAGCUCAAGACGGCACUGACCACGCUCAAGUCGGACGUCCAGGCCGCCCGGACCGCAGCCGGCUCCUCGUCGACCGUAUCGAGCGCAAUCAUCCGUUCCAAGAUUCCGACCAGAUCGGUCAACAAUGUGCUCACGCAGAUCCGUCAGCUGCGCGCCACCGUGCCGCUCAUCACGUUCGUCGUCAACAGCUCGCUCGACAACCUGAAGAUGGUGGACGAUUUCAUCAUCGCGAUGAAGGAGGAGGUGGUGAGAGGAGCGGCUGCGUACGUCACGUCGUUCGAAGCGUUCAAGAUUAACCUGGAGGCCGAGCCGAACAACAUUAAGACCAAGGUGGAGACCGGUCUCGGCGAACCGAUCGCCAACCUCAUUUCCACCAUCAAGAACGAACUGGACACGGUCGCGAAGUUCACGGAGGAUCUUGCACCUAAGGUCACCGCACUGGAAACGGUCUUCACCACCUCGGUGACGGCCAAGCUCUCGUCCAUCUCGAACGCAUUCGGCACGUACUCGAGCAACGUGCCAACGCUGAUCGAAAACCUGCAGGUCUCCCUCGGCGAAUCGCUGUGCAGCCCGAUCAAGGCCGUGUCGCUGGUGCAAAUCGCCAACGCUGGCUUCUCGGACUUCUGCUUCAGCAAGUACUCGCCGCGCGUGUUCGCCCAGGUGUCGCUCACGAUCGACGCGUUCGACGUGUGCUUCGAGAAGGAGGUCUCCCGUCUGUUGUUCCUCGAGACCGUUAUCCUGAGCAUCGCCGAACAGAUCGCGUACAACGUGGCCGACCUGUUCGACAACCUGUCGAUCUGUCUGGCCCUGCCCGAUGCCAACAAGGGUGCCUGCUUCACCAUGCUUACUCCGUACUACGAUAAUCUGGCCACGAAGUCCGAGGCUCAUCUUUCGACGGUCGCCAACCUGGUGGCAGCGGAAACCAAGGCCAGCUUCAACCGUCUCGGUGCCUGCCUGCACAACUCACUGUCCGCCACCACGCUGGCCGCUACCGACAUCGCCUCCCUUGCCAGCUCCUGCCUGACGAGUGGCCCCCAGCCUUAAGCAACUCCUUUAAUAACCUUAUUACGCCAAAACUAAGAAACACACGCACAGCGCGAGACAUGCGAGAUGGUUCAAUCAGUGGAAAAUAUAGUUGAAAGAUAACGUGCACCAAAAAAAAAA